AUUGUUCAUUCAAUCUCUUCUUACAAAGAAAAAUGGCUAUCAAAUUCAAUCACAUUCGUUGGACUCUUUUAGUGGUAGUUGUCACUGUUCUCCUCCAUGUCUCCGAAGAACGCAGAGAUUGGGAAGAAGGCUCAGACUGGAAACCCUUAACUAAUAUAACUGAAGAGGUGACAGAGAUAGGAAAGUUUGCAGUGGAAGAACACAAUAAGGAGGCAAAAACAAAAUUAGAAUUUAAAGAAGUAAUGAAAGGAGAAAGCAAAGUCGAUAAGGGAAUAAAUUAUUAUUGUUUGGUCAUCUCCGCCAAGGAUGGUGAUUUGCCACAUAAAUAUUUGGUCAAGGUGUGGGUCAAUCCUGAAGAGAAAUCUAAGAAGCUGACUUCCUUUGGAGAAUGUAAAAUAGAAAAUGGAAUGGGUGCAAAUUGUAAUUUAACUUAAAUUUAGUUGAUAAAGACACUAGAUUUGGAAAAACAUCCAAUCUUUAAAAGAAAUCUAAUGUAAUUUCUAGAAGUUAAUGACAUCAAUGAAAUAAGUCUUUAGAGUU